AUGACACUUCCUCAUUUACUGAUGAACCAUGAGGCGGAUAACUCAAUUACAGAGAAGCAAUAUGAUGGAGAUGUGCCCGAUGGGCAUGUAGUAAAAUGCUAUAACCUUCCGUCACAUAUAUGCGCAGAAGGGAUCCUUUAUUACCUCCUGGACAUACAGAAAAACGCUGGGUUUGAAAUAAAAAAAGUUAUCAAACCGGUGAAGGAUGAAACAAAUCUGUAUCCAUGGAAAGUUAUCUGCAAUGAAAAAUUUGCAUCCUUCCUCGUCCAGAAGGAGAAGAUCCAAAUAUAUGAUGAUUUAAAAAGGAAUAAUAGGAUUCUGGUAAAUUUACCCCCCCGCGUGGAGGAGAAAAACGCUGAAGAAGCAUGUACAGGUGAAGUGGACAGGGAGAGGGACGAUGCAGGAAGGGGCAUAGUCGAUGGGGGGGUGGUACGAAAAAAGGAAGAUACGAAAGGAACUAUCUUCCGUUUUAUGAAUCGUCGAAAAAGCGAUGGGGAUUCAGGUGAUAGUGCAGGUGACCCCUCAUGUUAUAGUAGCAAUGUGCUUUCAUCAUCCCAUAAUUAUUACUUAAAUGAAGUAGGAAAAAUGAAUAAAGGGAUCAUUGAAGGGGAUUCUACGUCUACUACAAUCGGUCAGAUGGUUCCGCGUGAUGAUGAUUUACACGUAAAUCUCGGCGGCGAAUUUGGAAGCGACCCCAAUCAUAUUGGUAACGGAGUCGAGUACUGUUUAUUUGAGGAAUCUUUUGUUAGUGGAGAAGAUAAUUCUGAUGUCGAGGAUGGUAAGAGUAGUGAAGAUGGCAACAGUAGUGAUGAUGGUAAGAGUAGUGAUGAUGGUAAGAGUAGUGAUGAUGGUAAGAGUAGUGAUGAUGGUAAGAGUAGUGACGAUGGGGAGGGGAACUUUUCAAGUGAUGGGGACACUAACUGGUUUGAAAGCGAGUCGAGCUUUGCCAUGGAUGGAGAGAGAAUUCCAAGAGGAAGGAGAGAGGACCCAUACCAGGCUGAAGAGGACCAAGGGGAAGAAGGGGAAGAAGGCGCGAGGAUGAAGGGCCACGUCACAAUGAGCAACAAACGAAGGGAAAGCCAAAACAACGGAAAGGAUGACUCAGAAGAUGGAGGUGAAAAUUACGAAGAAUCCGAUCAGAGCAGUAAUAGCAGAAGUAUGAAGCAACAGAAGGGUGAAAUUUAUUACCAAAGGAAGGAUUCCUUCAAAUACAUCGAGAAUAAAAAUUGUUCGAACACAUCUGAUACGAAAAGUGGAAGUGAAAUGAAGAGCUUACAUAGCUCCACUCGAAACGAAGAUACGAGUGUGCGGAAGGAGGAGGAAGACAUGAUGACCAGACAUACAAGUUUUAGUAAAAAGCAAGGGAGUAUUGUUCCAUCCCAUUUGAGGAAUGGUCUCCAGGGAGGUGGCACGCAGGAAAAUAGAAAUAACCUCCUAACAGAACAAAUGGAUGAACAUACCAAAAGGAGAAGAAGGAAAAAAAAAAAAAUAUCUUGUGAUGCUAUUGAAGGUAUAAUAAAUGAACAGAAAGAAGUUUUAAAAAAAAUAAAAAGGAGAAAAAAAAUGAACAGAAGGGGUAUCGAAAAAAUUAACAUUUACUUUUGUCCAGGUAGUAUAGACGAAAUAAUUAGAGACAUACGGGAGGAAGACGCAGCGGUGAAUGUACCAACGGUGAUAGAUUUCCCACUGGAGGAGAAAAGGCAGUUCCUCUUGGAUGUCUAUGGGUGGAAGAUGGAGGAUCAUCACCAUCAGGAUAAGGAUUUACAGGGGUCUAGUUAUAAAGAAAAGUUGGAAGCAGGCAGCCCAAAUCGAGAGCAAGAGGAGCACAUAGAGAGAGAGACAGAAAUAGAGGAAAAUUCACAUGACCAGAGUUAUUACAACAAAAAAGAACGAUCAAACAGGGAGGAGAUAUUCCAAAGGAGACCCCGCAUUCAUGAGAACACACCCCCUAAUGAUAUGAACGAAGAUUAUCCACGUGUCACCCGUCGUAGGAGCGUAGAAAGCCGCCCAGAUGGAAGGAAUUCGAAGCGAAGCGCAUCGAUCAUAUGGCCAAGCCACUUAGGUUGGAAAGAAAUAUCAGAAGAAAUUAAGGCCAAGUUAUGUGUUGUCAUUAAGAAUAAACCAGGUGAAUGGAGCGAUUACGAUUUGAAAAAAUUCAUAGAAUCCCAAUUUGAAGGAAGCGAUUAUUUUCCCGUUUUUGAAGAUAUAUUUUUGACGAAGAGUUGUCCCACCAUAGCUACAGUUGCCUUUAAGAAUGAAAUAUUAAGAGAACAUUUUUUGAAGUGCCAGAAGUUUAAAUUACCAUCUUCGUUGAGGCGAUAUGCAAACGACGGCAACCGGGGAGGUGGAAAGCACUACAACAGUAGGUACUCUAAUUUUUUAAUUCUCCAGGAAUAUAUAGUAUCUCAUAAUGGAGGCUAUUCUAAUAAUGGAAAGAAGCAUCCCCACCAGAGGAAGGAUGGGGGAGGUUAUAACGUUCAGGAGAGAUAUAAGACAAACCAUUCCGAGGUUGCCCGUAACCGAAUGGGGGAAUCUACCAAUGAUGACCCCUCUAGGAGAGGUAGGUACCAAAGUCGUAACAAGAAAUAUGUAUCAGAUAUGCGUUCAGAUAGCCGACAUGAUAGCAUGAACCGCCAGUAUGAUAGAAGUGAGACGAACAAACGGAUGAAUCAGUACGGAAAGCAAGACUACCAUAUGAGAAGUUAA